AUGGUACGACACUACCUCCAUCUUAAACAGCUACCGAUCCCAGAAUUGCCGUCGCAGUGCCUUGAACAAGUUGUGGGUUUGUCGGGCCUCUCAAAUGAUCCCAACAUCUGGGUGUCCCCGGACUAUCAAAAAGAUAUUUUGAAGAAAAAGAAAGAGAACAAGAAUCAAAAAUCAGCUAGCUCUGGUUGUGGUGGCGACUGUGUUCCGUUUCAUCUAGGUAUGUAAGCACAUCUGUCCAUUUUUUAUGUAAUGUUUAGGUCCGCCACUGUAUUUGGAGACCCGAUAGUGUAG